GAAGUGCUGCUGCGCGACCCGGAAGUGAUUCCUGGGGCCACGGGCGCGCUCCGCCUCGCUCUCCCUGGAAGACGUAUUGCAGAGCUUCCGAGGCCGUGAGCGAGAUGCCGGUAGCCGUGGGUCCCUACGGACAGUCCCAGCCCAGCUGCUUCGACCGCGUCAAAAUGGGCUUUGUGAUGGGCUGCGCCGUGGGCAUGGCGGCCGGGGCGCUCUUCGGCACCUUUUCCUGCCUAAGGAUCGGAAUGCGGGGUCGUGAGCUGAUGGGUGGCAUCGGGAAGACCAUGAUGCAGAGCGGUGGCACCUUCGGGACCUUCAUGGCCAUUGGCAUGGGGAUCCGCUGCUGAGCCUGGCAGUGGCUCUGCAGUACAUAGAUGCCUCCCAUCACCCCAAGCAUUGUGUAUAAUAAAGUCAUCUUUGAGUAGCCUGUA